AUGUCUCCUUCAGCUCCUACUUUUAGUCUACAACAUACUUUACCUAGACUUCCUAUACCUCGCUUAGAAGAAACAUGUGCACUCUAUCUAAAAUCACUUUUACCUCUUCAAACACCUGAAGAACAUGAGAAAUCAAAAGCCAUUGUCCAUGAUUUUCUCCAGAGUGAUUUAAGUCAGUCACUUCAACAGCGUCUGAUUGACCUCGAUCGUGUUUCUCCCAACAAUUGGUUAGAAGACAAUUUUUGGCUAAGAAAAGCUUACUUGGAAUGGCGCGAUCCUUUAAUGGUCAAUAGCAACUGGUACAUUCUUGGUCAAAAAGAUAAAGCACAUCCCAAACAAUUACUUUCAAACCAUGGUAUUCAACCGUCUCGUCUGUUUUCUCAUUUUCAGAUUAAAAGAGCUGCUCAUAUGAUUCGACGUGGUUUAGAGUACAAGGAAUUGAUUGAUAGAGAAGCGCUUCCUAUCGACAUGAUGAAAGGGGAUGCCGCAUUAUGCAUGUGGCAGAAUAGUCGUAUUUUUUCGGUAACACGAGUCCCUAUGUACCACUGCGACGCCAUUGUACAAGCAGAUCCUAAACAGGUACACCAUAUCAUUGUUCUUUUAAGGGACCAAGUCUAUCGUCUUGACGUCUACAAAGAACUCAAAAAGGGGUUUUGGGUAUUGCUGUCCACGGACGAGAUUGAAAAAUCACUUUUAAACUUAAUUCAUCAUGUUGAGACAUUAUCAAACCCUUCUCCUCCCAUCCCUUUACUCACGUCAUGGCAGCGUGAUAAAUGGGCUGUGGCUCGCAAUCAUCUGUUAACCCUUGAUCCUGAUCACCGAGACCAUCUCAAGACGAUCGAAGACGCCUUGUUUGCUGUGGCUCUGGACGACCAUUCGAACGGCACCGCCUAUCCUGCAUGGACCAAGACUGCCUUUUGUGGGCACCAACGACUAGGCCAUGGUCACAACCGCUGGUUUGACAAGUCCAUUACGCUCUUGAUAGAAAACAACGGUAUGUGUGCCAUGUCAGGCGAGCAUUCGCCUGUGGAUGCGGUGGUUGUCAGUUGGAUCUUUGAUUACAUGUUAAAAGAACCUACGCCCGGUGAACAUUCACAUCGGUUCAUCUACCCUUUGUCUGUAAGUGAGCCUGGUGGCUCUUUUGAGCAUUUGGUGUUCAGGAGUGAUGCUGUCUUGGACACCUAUCUAGCACAAGCACAAGAAGAGGCCAAUCAAGUCGCUGAGUUAUCUGAUUCGAACGUAUUGGUGUUUGAAGACUAUGGUACAGACUGGAUCAAGAAAGUAGGCCGUGUACCUCCUGAUGCCUUUUAUCAGAUGGUACUUCAACUCGCUUAUUACCGUGCACAUCAUCAAGUGACAGCCACUUAUGAAACAGCAGCGACACGUCGAUACUUGCGAGGAAGAACAGAAACGAUUCGUACCUUAAGUAUGGAAACAAAAGCAUUUGUGGAGGCCUUUGAUGUACCCGACACAACCAACAAAGAACGGUACGAACUUCUGGUGAAAGCAACAACAACGCAUCGACUGUACACACAAACAGCCAGUGAUGGCUAUGGUUGUGACCGCCAUUUAUUUAGCCUUCGACUGUUGAAUGCAGAUCAUCAAAUGUACGUGAAUGGCAAACGAGAGACAGUGCCUAUGCAUCCUAUCUUUACAGAUCCUGUGUUUGCUGAGUCACAGCAUUGGCGUCUCAGUACCUCGGGUCUUCAUGCUGGUAUUCGUUUGAUGGGAACUGGGUUUGGUACUGUGUAUCAUGAUGGUUACGGCAUUAAUUAUAUGGCUGCACCUCAGUUAGUCAAAUUUGGCAUUGAAUGCAAACAUGUAGCCCACACAAAAUCCACGGCUGAAUUUAUUCAAAUCAUUCAACAGGUCUUGAUGGACUUGAAAGCAGUAUGUCAAGAAGUCAACUUGGAUCAACAUGCCAAGCUGUAG